GAAAAUGGUAUCACCACUCACCUAUUUCUCGUCUUCCCUUAUCUCAUUUCACUGUUCCUCACAGUAAUCUCUCCGGUGCAACCCAAUGUUAUUCUGAUUUCUAAUCUCUGAGCCACAGUUUCUGUCUCUGUUAAGAAACCACCCUUUUUCUGUAUCUUUCUUCUUCUUCUUGAAGCAGAGCCGCAAAUGCUUCCCUUUCGGUUACGCCGCGUCGGUUUGUUAGUUCUUGUUUGUUGUUUUUUGCCGCCGUUUUCCCUUGGGAUUCGGUCGUUUCCUACCAGGGUCGAUGUCGUCGGCGGCUCUGAAAUGGGCUUCGACGGUUUGGCCCGAUUCGCUGAGGCGCCGGACUACCGUAACGGAGCAGGGUGUCCUGUUUCGACCAAUAGAACCGACGUAACAUUGCGCUGUGACCCCUCUCUGGUUCACAUAGCCAUCACGCUAGAUUCCGGGUACUUACGUGGCUCCAUCGCCACAGUCCAUUCCAUCCUGAGGCACUCCUCAUGCCCUGAAAACGUCUUCUUCCACUUCAUCGCGGCGGAGUUUGACCCUGCAAGUCCUCGGGUCCUGGCCCGACUCGUCCGGACCACGUUCCCUUCCCUUAAUUUUAAGGUCUACAUUUUCAGGGAAGACACAGUGAUAAACCUCAUCUCCUCCUCCAUUCGCCAAGCCCUCGAGAACCCACUGAACUACGCGAGGAACUAUCUCGGCGACAUCCUUGAGCCAUGUGUGGAUCGGGUCAUCUACCUGGACUCCGACCUCGUCGUUGUCGACGACAUCCACAAGCUCUGGAACGUGACGCUAUCCGGGUCACGGGUCAUCGGAGCACCCGAGUACUGCCACGCCAACUUCACCAAGUACUUCACCGACACUUUCUGGUCUGACCCUGUUCUUUCACGUGUCUUCGCUUCUAGAAGGCCCUGUUACUUCAACACGGGCGUGAUGGUGAUGGACAUGGUGAGGUGGAGGGAGGGAAAUUACAGGAAGAGGAUCGAGAAUUGGAUGGAGUUACAGAGGAAGAAGCGGAUUUACGAACUGGGUUCGCUUCCUCCUUUCUUGCUGGUUUUCGCGGGGAAUGUUGAAGCUAUCGAUCACCGAUGGAAUCAACACGGGUUAGGCGGAGAUAAUGUGCACGGUAUAUGCAGGUCGUUGCAUCCAGGUCCUGUAAGUCUUCUUCAUUGGAGCGGGAAAGGGAAGCCAUGGGCGAGGCUAGAUGCGAAGCAACCUUGCCCGCUGGACAGUCUCUGGGAGCCGUACGAUCUUUACAAGCCACCACAGAGACAUCAGAACAGUGGGAGGGAUCAGCCAUGGAGCUUCUCAUCUUCGAUAUUGGUUGGAUAUGCUCAUGAUUUGUUGUGAUGAAGUGAUUAGGAUUCUUUGGUAGCAAGCAGUGUACAGAACUGGGAGAUUGAUUUGGGAGGGGGGGCUUGGCUUUUCUUUUCUUUUCUUUUCUUCAUUCUUAUAUUUUCUCUUUAAUUUUAAAAUUCUUGUGAUUGUUAGGUAUUGUUAGAGUUGAAUCCUAUUCUUCUUUUUCUGGGGGUUCCAUCUCAGGAACAAUUUUGCUGGUUGGGGGGUGGGGCUGAGUUCUGUGGAUGGGGACCAUUGAUUGAAUGCGAAGGAGGAGGAGAAGCAUGUUGGAGGAGAGUAACGAGACAGUUGUCCAUUGUUGCUAUACUGCGAAUUGAUUUUCUUGUCAUCUUCUUUUCUUACCGCUAUUGAAUGUUGUUGUAA